GCAAAGUCAACUCUGCCGGGAACGACAACAGAAGAAGAAUCGGUAAAGAUGGCGGAGAAGAGCAGCAGCAGCAGCGACCACACGCAGGACGUCAUUGCGAAUAAAGACGAAUCUCCCGGAGGCGACCCGAUGAUGAUUAACGUCCGGACUCCGGAGGGAACGGAGAAAAUAGCGGUCUGGGAGGAAUCCUCUGUGGCCCAGUUUAGACAGGAAGUAUCCAAAAGAUUUGAGGCCCCCCAGAACCAACUGGUGCUGAUAUUCACAGGGAAGGUUCUAAAGGAUACUGAUACUCUGAAGCAGUAUGGUAUCAAAGACGGACACACCGUUCAUCUCGUUAUCAAGAACAUCCCAAAAUCAACAGAUGGCGGUGCAUCUCAGACCAGUUCCACUUCUUCACCACCUCAACAAAACACUAUCAGCAGCAGCGCCAGGAGCACCAGCCCCAGCCCCACUGUAGCAGGCAGCACCGGUCAGACACCGAUACAACCUGCUAAUGCAAUGAGUGGACUCGGUAACCUGUCCGGCUUCUUAGGUGUCGGCAUGGGUUCACCCUACUUAAUGGAGAUACAGCAGCUGAUGAUGUCCAACCCACAGAUGCUGUUGCAGAUCAUGGGGAACCCGGUGUUCCGGACCCUGAUGUCCAACCCAGACCUGAUGAGACAAAUUUGUCUAAUUGUCAUUGAGCAGUUGCGGAAUCCUGAAAUGCUUUCUAUGAUGAGGAACCCCAGAGUCAGACAGGCCCUCGAACAGAUCCAACCGGGGCUGCAGAUAUUACGGAUGGAAUUGCUGGGAUUCGAGUCCAGUGUGCCUACUGGAGGUCUCACAGUUCCUCCAGCCACAGGGGGCAGUGUCCCUCCAGCCACAGGGAGCAGUGUCCCUCCACAGAACUCCUCCUCAGCUGCCUUACCACCAGGAUCCAUUCCCUCACAGCAGAUGCAGCAGAUAUUACAGAUGUUUUCAGGCGGUGGCCAAUCGGUGCCGGAGGCUCGUUUUCAGCAGCAGCUUGACCAGCUCAACGCCAUGGGCUUCAUCAACCGUGAAGCUAACCUGCAGGCGCUUAUCGCGACAGGAGGGGACGUCAACGCGGCUGUGGAAAGACUGUUGGCCUAACGCGCUCAGUUCAUUUUAGGGAUUGACGCUGGACGACCACUGUAAAAAAAAAAAGUCAACUUUUAAAAGUAUAGCAACCAGGUUGGAUGAUGUUCAAUUCUGGGCGCUGUUGAAAGACUGUUGGCCCAACGCGCUCAGUUCAUUUUAGGGAUUGACGCUGGAAAGACUGGUAGAGUUGGGGACUAGCGAGGAAGAUUUGAAAAUAUAUUUAAUUAAAUUGAUCUAGAUAAAUUCAGUCCUCUAUGACAUUCAAGUCUGACCUGAACCCCAGAUAGAGUUAGAGCUGUUACUGUCACUUGUUUCCAUUAAUCUGUAAAUCAGACACCACGGUCACAGCCACAGUUUCUCUUGCUAGUGCAGACGGAGACAGUUUCAGGCAUGACCGAUGCACCUUUACGUCUUCCACAUGAGGACGCAGAGAAAUUUAAGUUAAGUAGUUGUUUUUACAUUAUUUAAUAAAAAAGAAAUGUUGUAUUUUAGUCUAAGAGUUUUAAAACUGGGUUCUGUUGCAGUAGGUUGGGUGAUGUUCCUUUCUGGGCACUCAGCUAGUUUGUAAUGUGAUUUAUUUUCACUCUUGAGCCUUAAUCUUUCCUAAUUGACAGGAAUUUAUUAACUUAUCUAUAAUAUUUUAUCCUGAUUUCUUUUUUUACACAUAUUUUCUUUCCUCAGAACUGUUUAAAGUACUUCAUCAGAUUUUUAUGGUUGUUUCUGCUGCGUUAAUGUUUCCAGGAGAAGGAGAAAGUGAAAAUGUUCAGGUUGUUGGACCAAGGCUAUGAUACUGUUAUGUUAGAAUAAGAUAAGAUAAACUGUAAAGCAACAUUGGCUCGACAUGAUUUUGUUGGUGGGUUUUCUCACAUUACUUAGGAGGUAAAGUAAAUUCCAUUAUUGAUUACAAAUGACAACAAGCCAUUUUACAUAAUAUGGUUGUGUAUUUCCAUACAUGUUGUGUCAUACCUUAAUGUAUUUGAUGGAAUCUGCAAAAUACUGCAAAGAUUAAAUGUAAAAUCUUUUGUCUACCUUUGGACUUUCAACCAAAUGUUCUUUGUAGAUGUGAAAAUAAUUGCAGAAAAGUUUAGUUGAUUUGAAUCCAUGGUUGUAAUGUUCUUUAGUCUACAAGCCCCCCCCCUCCCUCUGAAUCUAAAAUAUGUUCGUUUAAUGUCGGUCACUGACAGUUCUGUGCAGUGAUGGAGAAAGAGAUUAAACAGAGGAAAUGUAGAAAUUGCAAAAAAAAAUAACUGCAGACAGUCAGCCCCAGUGUGCCAUGUUAUUUGUCUGCAGUUAUUUUUUGGUAGCGUGACCAUUUCAUUUGAUGGGUUGUGGUUUUGAGUUAAAUUUUUACUGCUGUUUGUCAGUGUCUUUCCUUCUAAGAAAGUUGUUUUCGGUUCAUUAUUAAUAAAUUACUCUUUUGUUCGUUCA